AUGACUUCUCUGGUCUUCCUAGCCUGUAUAUCAGCUGUUGGACUAGUCCUGAGCCUCCUGCUGCUGUCUGUCUACCUGACCAGUGUGUGCUGCUGCAGGAAGGAGGAGGAGGAGGAGACCAAGAGGCCUGACUCCUGCUGUGUCUCCUGGACCGCUGUCAUCACUGGACUCAUCCUAUGCUCUGCUGUUGGAGUGGGGUUCUAUGGUAACAGUCAGACCAAUGACGGGGUGUACCAGCUGACCUACUCCCUCCACAAUGCCAACCACACUCUGGGUGGCAUCAACGGCUUGGUCUCCAAUUCUCUGGGCAGUAUGGAGGUGGGUAUGAAGCAGCACCUGAAUCGUCUGGAUGAGAUCUUUGCGACGCAAGGAGACUAUGUCCAGGCCUUGAGGUUCAUGGGUCAGAUGGCUGACAACAUCAUCAGACAGCUGACCGCCAUGCCGGACCUCAGCAAGGCCAAGGUGGACCUGUCGGCCAUCGCUGAUCAGACAGAUUACGUAGAGUACUACAGGUGGCUGACCUACCUGUUACUGCUGAUCCUAGAUCUGGUUAUAUGCCUGGUGGCCUGUCUGGGGGUGGCAAAGCAGUCCCGGUGGCUACUCACCAUGAUCAUGGUGUUUGGGGUGAUAUCUCUGGUCCUGAGCUGGGGAACACUUGGAGCAGGCACUGCUACUAGUGUGGGCACCAGUGACUUCUGUGUGUCUCCAGACAAGUUCAUAGCAAACAGGACCAAGGAGUUCCUCAGUGCAGAAGUGACACACUACUACCUGUAUUGCAGUCAGAGUCUACCCAACCCUUUCCAACAGUCUCUGACUAUCUUCCAGAGGUCUCUAACCACCAUGCAGAUCCAGAUACAAGGACUACUGCAGUUCUCUGUACCUGUCUUCCCUACUGCUGAGAGAGACCUUCUGGGCAUCCAGCGCCUGCUGAACUCUACAGAGUUCAACCUGAACCAGUUAACAGCCCUGCUAGACUGCAGGGGGCUCCAUAAGAACUACCUGGAUGGUCUGAUGGGGGUGUGUUAUGACGGGGUGGAGGGUCUCCUCUACCUCUGCCUCUUCUCUCUGCUGUCGGUCAGUGCCUUCUGUGUCAUGCUGUGUGCCAUCCCCCGGGCAUGGACCCUCAUCACCAGCAGGGACAGGGACUAUGACGACAUCGACGAGGAGGAUCCGUUUAACCCCCAGGCCCGUCAUAUGGCCUUCAACCCCAGUAGAGCCAGCCAUGUACACAGCUUCUGUAGCUUCAGCAGCAGUCUGGACAGCCAGGCCAGUCCACACCCUCCACCACAGACUGCCGCCAUCCUCCCCACCUCAGAGUACAUGAAUCAGUCCAUGCUGUUUGGAGGGAACCCUCGUUAUGAGAACGUUCCUCUGAUCGGGAGGGGAUCCCCGCCACCCUCGUAUUCUCCCAGAAUGAGAACCACCUACCUGUCUAUGACUGAGGCACAGAUCAGACACUUUGGGACAAACUUCCAGCAGGUAUAGCCCCCAACUAUGGCCUACUGGUCCCCCUCAGGAAGGGUCUGUCUGGGACUACCACUGUACUGAGGAAGCGGCGUUUACAGAUAACCCUGUCCAUGGAUGUCUCACCCUGCUCUCCUGGCCAUCUGUUACUUAAAUGCAGGACGUAUGGGGUCAACAACAGCUCAGGAACACACUGACGCUCUCAAAGUCCUGUACUGUACGUGUAGAAACCAGGAGACUACAUAGAACCCUGAGUGUAAAGUGCACUUGCAUCUCUCCCCAAACAAACCGACACUUCAGUUAUGUGUUUUCUUCAAAUGUGAGUGUUCGUCUCGAGCCAGGUCAGAAGACAUGAUUGUUAUGGACCAAGUUGAACAUUUAUAUUUUUUCCUGCGAGUGACGUCACCUUCGGUGGAUUUCAGGGGACAACAAACCAGAUUGAUUUCCUUAACAGCCAUAGACUGUUAAAUGGUUAUUACAUGAACUCUCUUCAGUCUUCCCCAACCUGGCAUCGCUAUUACAAAGUGUCAUCUAACCAGUCUGGCAUGCAGCUCCUUUUACGCUUGACUACACAGCUCUUACACAUUUGACACAACCCAAAGUCUUCACAAUGUCUUCCCUCAGAAUGAUGAGUCAAACUUGAUGAAAACAGAUACUGUAUUGUCACUUAUCUUUCAGGUUAUUCAUUGAUGUCAAGGAAUGGCAAAUAUAAUGGACUUAUUUUUAAAUGUGACUGGAAAACAGAUCAUGUUCAUGUGAUGUCUAUACUUUUAGAGAAAAGGGUGCUGUCUAGAACCUAAAAGAAAAGGGUGCUGUCUAGAACCUAAAAGGGUUCUUUGGCUGUCCACAUAGGAGAGCCCUUUGAAUAACCCUUUUUGGUUCCAGGUAGAACCUUUUGAUGUUCCAUGUAGAACCUUUUGGGGUUCCAUGUAGAACCCUUUCCACAGAGGGUUCUACAUGGAACUCAAAAGUGUUCUACCUGGAACCGAAAAUGGUUCUACCUGGAACCGAAAGGGAUUCUCCUAUGGGGACAGCCGAAGAACCCUUCUAGAACCCUGUUUUCUACUAUAUGUAUGUGUAAGGGGGACUGAGGAGAAAGGAUGCAUGACGAUGUUUCUAGAGACUUUUUUUCCUCUGACCUGUUUCUCUCUGUUCUCCUAUGCUGUGUCAUCCUGCAUGCUGUGUCCUGCUCAAGUCUAACCUGGAUUCCCGACUGAAUAUCAGUCCGUUUCAUUAUUGUGUCAGUGAAUCAUUGAAAGGAAUAAAACAAAGCGAUAUUCA